AUGUCUCUGAACCACUCUACCGAUGACGAUUACUCCAUAGAUCCGACCAAACCGUUGCGUGGCAUCAUUGUUUGCUGCACCAGUAUUCCAACCGAGCAGCGGAGUGAAAUAGAGCAAAAGGUUGUCGAGCUCGGAGGCGUGCAUAGGCACGACCUUACGGAAGAUGUCACGCAUCUCAUCGUUGGCGACUAUGACACGCCAAAGUACCGCCAUGUCGCUCGAGAACGGCCCGACAUAAAGGCCAUGGAGGCCGCAUGGAUCGACGAGAUUGCACAGCUAUGGAGGUUCGACGACGAUAUAAACUUACGAGAACUUGAAGAGAAAUAUAAACUUCGGCCACUUGCCAAAUGCGGCCGGGAACCGGUUCUUGAAGGGCAACCGACCCCGGAACAAGACUCCCUACUGUUAUGCUUAACCGGCUUCGGCGACCAACGCGAUCAGAUCGCGGAGCGCAUCACCACCAACGGUGCUAAACACACCGGAGACUUAACUAGAAAGUGCACACAUCUGAUUGUCAACGCUCCAGAAGGUAAAAAGUUUACGGCAGCUAGAAAUUGGGGCGUUCGGACUGUGACACUGGCCUGGCUUGAUCAGAGUAUUGAGCGUGGCAUGAUCCUCGAUGAAGCCAAAUUCGACCCUCUUCUCCCAGCGGAAGAACAAGGCGUCGAUGCGUGGGUAAAAAAAUUACCACGCAGGAAGUCCUUUGGCAAGCGAUCUAGAUCGUCCGAUUCGAUCACAACGGAAGACGGCGUUCGAAAGCUGCGCAAAACUGCUAGCAUGAAACUGAGUUCGCAGAGAAAUUCUCUUUGGGACAAUAUCCUGGGACGUUCGGACUCAAAGGAAUAUUCGUUCAACGAAGGCCAAGGAGGAGACAGGCCUGCUGUGCCAGAAAAGCUAGCUCCGGUACAGCCAGAUGGCAUCUUUGCUAAUUGCAUAUUCUUCAUGCACGGCUUCCGCUCCCAGCAGGCCGAUGUCUUACAGCAAACAUUACUGUCCCUCGACGGUAUCAUCGUGGCCUCCCUUGAAGAGGCCGCCACUUCGCAAACAGCAGACCCUUGCUGGCGCUUUCUGAUAGUGCCCCAAAACUCACAGCCUGAUACCCAUCCGCAAUCGCAGCAUAACAAUCUGCACAUUGUCACGGAGUUUUACAUUGAGAGGUGCUUGCAAGACAAGCACUUUCUUCACCCCGAUGACCAUGUCUUGGGACGGCCGUUCCCCUCGUUUCCCAUUCCUGGGUUCAGCUCCUUGACUAUCUGCAGCUCAGCGUUUACCGGACUUGAGCUCAACCAGGUUGCUCGAAGUAUAAAGCAAUUGGGUGCAAAAUUUGAGGAGCAAUUUCGAAAAGACACCAGUCUUUUGGUAUGUCGCUCGUUUGACUCUAUACGCAAAGACAAAUUACGAUAUGGUGUGGAAUGGGGCGUACCGAUUGUGUCCGCAGACUGGCUAUGGGAAUGCAUUAAUACUGGAUACAAGGUGCCGCAUGAGGACUUUAUCUUUCCCCAGCUAAGGACACGCUACAAACCCAAAAAUGGGCAGUACACGAACCCUCGGGACGAACAAAGUGCAGCGCAGAAGACGGUUGCGAAAUCCAGUACAUCACGCCCACCAGGAGGAGCUGGCAUGGACCCAACAGCAUUCGAUAGAGAGACCCCAAAAAAGCCACCGAGCAAGACGAGAAGCGCGCGGCAUGAGGAAUCCACAACGUCUGCCGACUUUGUCACAGCAGUCUCACAGCCAGCGCCACCUCGACAAGCCACGCCACUGUCAGAGCUGUCAUCAGCAUCGGUGAACAAAUCACCAUCUCCAACCAAGACGCUUGGAGCGCAACUCCCUCGGCACAAGUCAGAUCCGGUUGGCAACGUCGAGAAUGAAAAGCCGCCGGCGAAUAGAGCGCCAUCUGCCCCGCCAGCGCCCCGACCCGACACCAGCUCCGACGAUGGCAACAACCAGGAAGAGCUAAACGAGGCACGGCGAGCUGCUCGGGCUGCAGAGAGACAACGGCUUGCUUCCGAGCUAACAAACCUACUGGAUACGACCAAGGCGCAGCCAGCUAUGGACAUGGAUCUGGCUACUGCAGGAACAGCUUCGAGCCACCGACCGCGCAAACGCCAAAUUCUUGGCCGGGCAAUCAGCAACGUAUCGAAUGCCAGUAGUGGAAGCGGGCCGGCGCCCGCGUCGCUACGGUCAGCGUCAGCCAUUGGAGGCGAUAUGGAACACGAAUUUGAGCAGGAAAGGCCGCCGCCUGCGACGCAACUAGAAUAUGUCGAUCCGGAUGCGCAGAAGCGCAAAGCCCAGCUCAUGAGUCGAAUGAUGGAGCAGCCUGCUGCUGGCGAUCCGGCCUCUGCCACAACGGAAAAAAGGGCGCUAAGGAAGCGAACUUGA